AUGCUCUCUUUGACCUCUCUUUGCUUGGCUACGGUCUUUCUCACUACCUCCGCUUCGCCCCUUUCUUUUCUCAGCAACAUCAAGCACGCUAAGCGAGCAGUGACGCCAGUCGUGUCUGGAACGCCGCAACUUCUUGGAGUCGCUUUAGACCCAACAUGGAAUCGCGACUCCUGCACCUCGACACGCGUACGCAAGCGGGAGCUGUGGACAUGCCGUGACAGCCAAAGCAAGACGGCCUUCUUGAGCUCCACUGCGUCUUGGACGAAUGCCAGCUCGGACGGCACGCCUGCGGUAGUUAACGGCGUCCUGCCGAUGUAUGGCACCAACAACGUCAAUAAUGCCUACUUCCCUGUACAAGCGGAUGAAUGCACAGCGCCCGCCGGCAACUGCAACAACGGAACUCGCUAUGCUCUCUGGCCGGAUACUAGACCUCUUCCAGUCGACGUCGGCACAGACGGUAGCAUGUCGUUGUAUACAUGGAUCAAAAACGUCCAUCUUAGCGGCUUAACCGAGCUGAAUCCGAACCCGCCGACGAGCCUCUACCGCUCUGACUUCGUGCCCACCCAACCCGUGAACCAGCUGCCGCCCGUAACGCUCGUAAACGAGCAGUUCUGGCCCGCUGGCAGCAUCGCGUUCGGAGAUUACGGCUUCGUCAUCAAUUCCAGCACCGCCUACCUGUAUGGCGCAAUGAACAAUACCGGCGGUCCCGCUCUUGCCAAGGUGGCGGUGGGCAAGAUCGAGGAUCCUACUGCCUAUAAGUUUUGGAAUGGUACAGCCUGGACUACCACAAAGCCGGGCCUUAAUGAUGCUAAUGCCGCAAUAAAGAACGCUGGUACCGGCGGCCAGGGCACCUUCUACUACAGCGAGUACUUCUCUUCUUACGUCUGGAUCGGUGCGCCAGCAAUUGGUUGCAAUGCUGCUUUCCAGAUUGCUACGUCGCCUACACCGUACGGUGACUGGACGAAUCCGUCGACGUUCUAUACCGGCGUCGCAGGAAACGCUUCUUUCUGUCCCGCAUACAGCCAGCAAGCACAUCCCGGGCUCAGCAAGAAUCAUGGCAGUGGGAACGACAUCUACCUGACUUACACCAAAGUUGACGCUGGUUCAGCUGGGUAUAGUACGCCGUUGAUCCAUGUCGUUUGGCAGUAA